CUUCAUCCAGCAGCAUGGCGGCGCAGGCAGAGAUCAAGGCCGAGGACUUCAUCAAGGCCGGCGAGAAGGCGCUGAACCGCUUCUCCAUCUUCUCGAGCAGCUCCAAGUACGAGGAUGCGUCCGAGUGCUUUGAGAAGGCGGCCAACCAGUUCAAGAUUGCCAAGAAGUGGCAAGAGUCGGGCGAGUGCUUUGCGCGCUGCGCCGACUGCCAAAUGCGCUUGAAGGAGUCGUCGCGGGCUGCGCAGUUUUACCAGCAAGCGGCUGAGGCCACGUCCAAGGCCAACCCGCUGGAUGCGAUCACGUACUACAAAACGGCCAUUAGCAUGCAGUGCGAGGCUGGCCGCUUCUCGAACGCGGCCAAGCUCCAGAAGCAAAUUGCGGAGAUUUACGAGCACGGCGACCACAUGCAGGACGCGCUCGAAGCGUACGGGCAGGCGGCCGAGUACUUUGUGGGCGAGAACCAAAACUCGUCGGCGCAGCCCAUGUUCCUCAAGGUCGCGCAGUUCUCGGCGCAGCUGGAAAAGUACCCCGAGGCCAUGGAGAUUUACGAAAAGGUCGCGCGGAGUGCGAUGGAGAACAACCUCCUCAAGUACAACGCCAAGUCGCAUCUCAUGAACGCGGCCAUCUGCGCGCUCGCGACCAAGGACAUGGUGCUCGUCAAGCAAAAGCUCGACGAGUACAACGACAUUGACUACUCGUUUGGCGACUCGCGCGAAGGCAAGUUUGUCGCGGCCAUGGCGACCGCGUACGAGACCUUCAACACGGACGGCUUCUCGGACGCCGUGUACGAGUUUGACACGAUCACGAAGCUCGACCCGUGGAAGGUCACGAUCCUCCUGCGCGUCAAGGAGGCGAUCGCCGGCGACAUGCACGACGAUCUUACCUAAUACGCACGUCAACGUCGUUCCUGCAUCUUUCCAAGCGU